AUGGCGUCGGGUACUACACGCAACUUGCCAGCUUUCGGCCUCAGAGCUCCAGCUAGCGAUGCUCAAUCGACGUCACCCUUAAUACAUCCCGAUGCGGCCGAAGUCAUUGUAGAAGCUCAAUUCAAAAGCUUUCUGACCACCUAUUCGAUGCUUCAGGCGCAGUUGACAGAUGGAACGAAGCAGCGGCUUCUCAAGAAUUGCACGGACAAUUUUGCUUGCAGUAAACGACCAUCGCAGGAACUUCAGGAACUGUUCUCGCAAGAGCCUUCGCUGCUUAUCUUCGAUAACACUAGCAAUCAUACAACAAUUUCAAGGUUCGUCGGAAAAACCCAUCUUAUCGAAAUUGAAAAUGAAAAUGAAGAUGGAAACAUUGACCCCACCACAAGACGUAGUUCAGACGCCACAAUUCGAAACACUACUAUCGAUGAGAAUGCUCAUAUUUGUAACGGUGAUGUAAAUGGUAUCAAAGACGGUGGAGUCUCUCUUGCUACGGAUGAAGAAGACGACGCCUCGAUAAGCUGGGAUGAUUAUAUCGCCGGCCGGGACGCAGAAUCUAGUCUCGACGAAUUUGACAAUGCAAAUCAAUCGAUAACUUCAGAAAUUCGUGACGAGGCUAUCGCCGAAAAAGAAAGCCUACCAAAAGGCUGGGAAGUACAAAUUGUAGCGUAUGAAGCUGAGAUCAAGGCUCGCGAGGACAAGCUUCAUCAAAUUGUGGAUGAUAUAAUUGACAUUCUCAACGAACGAGGAGCAGUCAAUCGUAAGUGCGGCUGGUGUGUAUCAUUGAAGGACACUAUUCUGAGUGCGGUAUUUCCUGGAAUACCGAUUCAUUAG